AAANGUAUACUUCUUUCUCUUGACUGGCCUGGCCACCAAAAGACCCAAUACUUCUAUUUAUUAUCUCUGUCUCCAACACUCUAUAGCUCUGUUUCAACUCUUAAUUCUUGGCACAUUUCCCUUAUUUUAUUUCUUCUUCUUUUUGCCGGACUCUCUUUUUUUUCCGCUUUUUUCAGCUACCCUUGUUUUUUUGAAAAUUGCUAAAGGAGACAUUUUAGAUAUGGGCAUUUGCUUUGCAACCCCUGCUAAGUGUGAUUAUGGGAAAGGAACAAAAGUAUCUCCUGGAAAUGCCAAACAGUCCCCAAAUACCAAAAACCAGCAAACAAAUCCAGCUAACGUGUGUGAUGCUUUCUUGGCAUCACCAAAUGAUCUAUCUGUCUCGAGCAGCCUUAAGUCAUUCACAUUCACCGAACUAAAAAACGCCACUAGAAACUUCUCUCCCGACAAUCUCAUUGGCGAGGGAGGUUUCGGUUAUGUGUUCAAAGGGUGGGUUAAUGGGCCCACUUUGUCCUCUACCAGACAUGGAAGCGGUACAGUUGUCGCCGUUAAAAAAGUGAAAUCUCAAAGCUUUCAGGGUCACCGUGAAUGGCUCACUGAGGUUAGAUACUUAGGUCAGCUUCGUCACGAGAAUUUGGUGAAGCUAAUUGGAUAUUGCUCGGAACCUAAAAACAGGAUGCUCGUUUAUGAGUUCAUGGCUAAAGGUAGCUUGGAGAACCACCUCUUUAAAAGUAAGUUCAUUCUUAAGUUUCACGCGAAGCUUGCGGAUUUUGGGCUUGCAAGGAAAGGGCCGAUUGGGGAUGGGACACAUGUUUCGACUAGAGUGGUUGGCACAAUGGGUUAUGCUGCACCAGAAUAUGUAUCUUCAGGUCACUUGACUUCAAAGAAUGACGUGUACAGCUUUGGUGUGGUCUUAUUGGAACUUCUUUCUGGAAGACGGGCCAUGGGGGACGAGACGAUUGGUGGGCCCACGGCAACUCUUGUUGAGUGGGCCCUACAAUUUCUAGGUGAAGGAAAGCAGUUCUCGAGGAUAAUGGACACGAGGCUAAGGGGGGAGUAUUCUAAAAGGGGUGCCCAGGCAGCAUCUUUGCUUGCCUUACGCUGCCUGCAUAUGGACCCAAAAAACAGGCCCACAAUGGUUGAGGUUUUGGCCCAACUUGAAAUGCAGCAAGCCGUGCAGAGUUCGCCACAGGCCAAGCUCGAGCAUCGUAUUAGGACUUUGAGCACUCAUAGGUCACAUUAA